GCGGAACUAAUAUACUAUAGUAUAGCAACGUAGGUUUUGGUUUUAAUGUUUAAUUGUAUAGACAGAUGAUGUGACAGAGAUAUGUAGGAAUUUAGACACAUUUAAUAAUUAUAGUGCUUCUAUCAAUUUGGUACCGUAGUGGCUCUCUUCACUUAUGAAUAUUUUUUUUUUUUACUUGUUUCAACCAUUAGACUGUGGCCAUGCUGAUUCACUGCCUUGAAGAAUUUUAGUUAAACAAAUCAACUCCAGCACUUAUUUGUUUUUCCUUUAAGCCUGAUACUUAUUCUAUUAGUAUCUUUUGCCUAACUGCUAAGUUACAGGACAUAAACACACAAAUACUGGUUAUCAAUCGGUAGUGGGGUACAAACACACACACACACACACACGCACGCACACACAACGGGCGUCGUCCAGUUUUCAUCUACCAAAUCUAAUCAGAAGGCUUUAGUCUGCCUGAGGCUAUAGUAGAAGACACUUGCCCAAAGUGCCACAUGGUGGGACUCAACUUGGAACCGUGUAUUUAGGAAGCAAAACUUCUUACCACACAGCCACACCUGUACCUAUACGUUUUUUGGAUGCUCCUUAUGCCUCGCUAUUAUGAAGCUGAAGAAGAAAGUUCUAGUAUCUGGAAACCUGCAUGUUCUGGCUUGCGUAUAGAGUUGCAAGAAUGUAUAGCUGAAAGUGAUUGUUACAAAAAGGAUGGCCACACAAUCAGAGAAUGUGUAGCCCUUGGAAAUCAUCCAUCUAUCCCUAAUGAGUGUAAUGUUUUGAGGAAUUCUUUUUUUGAGUGCAAGAGAUCUUUACUAGACAUGCGAACUCGGUUCCGGGGCCGGAAGGGUUAUUAACAUAUGCUAUAUUAAUUAUGUAAUUUAAAUAAAUGUUUAAUAUUUUAAUACUU